UCUUCAGUCUUCAGUCAUUCAAAGAGAUUUGACGUCAAAUUGUCAAUUUGCUGUCUCCGUCCGUCAGUCAGACUCAGUGAAGCCUACGACGAUAUAUAAUAAACAAUAUAGCAUAAACAAUGGCCUUCUAUUGUUGUGGCAGAUUGGGAACCAAACCGGUGCUCUCCACUAUUAGCAAAUUUCCCACUGUCUUAAGCGCCGCUCAAUAUGCUCAGGCAGCAGCUGGCGUGCCAAAAAUUACAUACAAGAAGUUCGAGCCUCCGAAGCCGGAACACCACGAUAUUAGAAAUGAAAGGCUUCAGCGCCCACUGUCACCGCAUCUUACUAUUUAUGCUCCCCAGCUAACCAGCAUGUUAUCAAUCACUCAUCGAGCCGCAGGAAUGAUACUAUCUGGUUACGUCAGUGCGCUGGGUAUUGGAGCAUUGAUUCUGCCAAAUGACAUCUCCCAUUACAUCACCAUGAUUGAGGGGCUCCAUCUGUCUCCUGCAACACUUUUACUAGCAAAAGCUGCAAUUGCAGCUCCAUUAGGCUACCACUUUGUCAAUGGUAUCAGACAUCUAUACUGGGAUACGGCAAAGGGUCUGACACUCAAGGAAGUGUAUUCUACUGGUUAUGCUAUGCUGGCUGCAUCCGCUGUUGUGACCCUUAUUCUUGCUGCAUUAUAAUUUUAAUCAUCAUACAAUUUUGGAAUAAAAUAAGAGCAGGUAAUGAAAAUAUUAUAUUUAUUUAUUUGUUAUCAUUUUAAGUAAUGUCAUUAAUAAAAUGUUCAUAAUCA